UUGCAAGAGAAAGAGACGGCCUCUGCCUCCUCCGCCUGCUCUUGCGGCCUCUACCUCCUCCGCCUGCUCAUGCUCCGGCCUCUUCCUCCUCCUGCUGCUUCGCUUGGCUUCGCCCCCCAUGGUUCAUUCGGGUAUUCAACGUCCGUCUCUCUCUCUCAAGCCAAGAAAUUUGCUUUCCCUAAUAUUCAAACCCAGAUGAACUUCUAAACUCCAUCCCACACACUUUCCCUUUCCUCUCGAUGAAACGUCUCAGCCGCAGGCUCUUCCCCUGCGUCUCCCCUCUUCUUCUUCAACUUUUUCCCCUAUCCUCUCGGUGAAACAUCUCAGCCGCAGGCUCUUCCCCUGCGUCUCCCCUGUUCUUCUGCAACUGCCAUGCAACCCGUCUCCCUCCGAGCUCCCGCUCUUCUUCAAGCCCUGACCUGCGGAAAGAAGGUGGUCCAGCCCUAAUCGCUGGUGGGCGUUCUCAUAUGAGGUCGUUUCUGAAACAUCUAUGUUAACCGGUUCUCUCUCUCUCUGGCUAAGGCUCUGGGUCUGCCAUGGCCGAUGCAGCUCUUGCUGUCUAUCAAAGGCUGUUGCUUCUUGUGCUUCAACGGUCAUAUCAACAACUUUUGUAGACGUGAAGAAGAUUCAUGUAUGUUUCCACUGUUUUAGGUUUCUGGAGGUAGGAACUGGAACUACUGAUGGUGGAGUACAUUAAGAGUUGAAGGUGGUUCAAGACGGGUGAAUUUAUGACAUUGACAAACGUGCAGCAAAUGUGAUAAAGAUCAAGUCCCACAAGACGUUGCCUUCUUCAAGCUGGUAUAAGUGGAUUUUCAUCAAUUUUCCCUGAUUACCAAGAGAGGGUCACUGGCCAUGAAGCUGCUCAUUUUUUAGUUGCGUACUUGCUUGGUCACCCAGUACUUGGCUACUCUUUGGACAUUGGUAAAGAACAUGCGAAUCUGAUAGAUGAAAGGCUGCAGAAAUUAAUUUACAGUGGUCAGCUUGAUGAAAAGGAGCUAGACAGGUAUUUUUCCGCUUUAAGCCAUCCUAACACCAGCUAUUGGCAAUGGGGAAGAAUGAAUUUCUCACGCCUAAAGCGAUUGCCAAUAGAAUUAAGGCAAAGGGACUGCAGAAACUUCGGUGGUACUGUCAAAUGUGCCAGAAGCAAUGCCGGGAUGAGAAUGGGUUCAAGUGCCACUGUAUGAGCGAGAGCCACCAGCGCCAAAUGCAGGUCUUUGGGCAGAAUCCUCACCGGAUUAUUGGUGGUUACUCUGAGGAGUUCGAGCAGGCAUUCAUGGAACAUAUGAAGCGGAGUCACCGUUUCAGCCGGGUGGCUGCCACGGUUGUUUAUAAUGAAUACAUUUCUGAUCGGCAUCACAUUCACAUGAACUCCACACAAUGGGCCACCCUGACUGAAUUUGUCAAGUACCUGGGGCGUACUGGGAAAUGCAAAGUGGAAGAGACCCCUAAAGGUUGGUUUAUGACAUAUAUAGAUCGAGAAUCAGAGGAAUAUUUCAAGGAGAAGCAGAAAAACAAAAGGUUGAAAUCAGAUGCUGUUGAAGAAGAAAAACAGGAGAAGGCCAUAGCUAAACAGAUAGAAAGGGCAGAGCAGUUGAUGCCCAAAACCGAUGACAACUCUUUGCCUGUUGAGCCCGUGAAAUUAGAGCAAGCGGGCAAGGUUGUAUUUUCGUUGGGUUCUUCAAAGUCAGGAGCUACUGAGCAGGCUGAAAGUUCACAGCCAUCAAGCAGCAUAUUAGUCCCUGCUUUUGGUGAUCAAGAAGAUGACAAACAACCAAAAAAGGUGAAAACAGGUGGUAUCUCUGCUCUGGAUGAAUUGAUGAAAGAGCAGGAAAGCGUGAAGGAGAGGAGCAAUAGGAAAGACUAUUGGCUAUCUGAAGGAAUUGUGGUAAAGAUCAUGAGUAAGGCACUGGCAGAAAAGGGUUACUACAAACAAAAAGGGAUUGUACAGAAGGUGAUAGAUAAGUAUGUUGGAGAGAUCAAAAUGAUUGACAAUGGGCACCUACUAAGAGUGGACCAGCAGGAGCUGGAAACUGUGAUUCCUCAAAUUGGUGGUUUGGUACGAACUGUGAAUGGUGCAUAUCGUGGAUCAAAUGCAAGAUUGCUUGCAAUUGACACUGCAAACUACUGUGCCAAAGUUCAAAUAGAGAAGGGAAUCUAUGAUGGAAGGAUUCUACAAGCAAUUGAUUAUGAAGAUAUUUGUAAAAUUAUGCAGUAGUAUGUUUAGAUUGUAUGUGAUUUCAUUCCUGAAGAGCACAAAUUGGGUGCUCAGGUGGAUGUAUCAUGUUCAAUUUUAACCUGAGAAGGCUGGGCUGCUUCCAUAUUUUGCCUUCAUAAUGUUGGUUUUUCCUAUUCUGUUUCAUCUUUUUUGAUAUGUGGAGUAUACUGUUGCACUAGUUCGCCCUUCAUGGACAUUUCUAUUUUGAAUUUGACUGCUUCAAGCUACUGGAGGUUACAGUAACCUCGCCAAUCUGUAUAUCAUGAUGAUUAUGGUAAUUCCAUGGUGAUGACUAGCAUAGAUAGCUAAUUGUCAGUUCAUGCAAAUUUGUGCUGUAUAUAUUCCAUACAAUUGCCCGUUCAGGGACUGCUUCUGGUUUUGAUUAGGGAUAUGUCAAUGAAAGUCAGCUAAUUUCUCUCUGA